GAGAAAAAAUGAGGAAAGAAACAUCCAACAUUUAGAAUUUUGCUAGAGUAUAAAUAAAAAUUUUUGUUUGUGCGAUUUGUAGAGAUUUUUUUUGGAUAAAUUUAAUAUUUUGAAAAUGUCUUCAAGAAAAAAAAGUACUAGCACAGAAGAAUCCAGUUCAGAGGGCUCUACUUCUUCUAGUGGUAGCUCUAGUGGUAGUUCUAGUGGAUCUGAUGAUUCGGGAAGUUCAACAUCUUGUUCGGAUACAUCCAGUUCGGAUGAAAAAUCUAGUCCGCCUUCCGCACAAAAAGAUCAAAAGCCAACUUCAGCUGCUGCUAGGAGGAGAAGUUCUGAGACAAAAGUAAAUAGGAUAGUCAUACCCGAAGACAAAAUACAAAAAGAACCAUUAAUUAAUAACCAAAAUAAUGCAAGCAAUAAUAUCAAAUCUACUAAAACGCAGAGCGGGCGAGCUCAACGUAAUUCAAAGAGUAGUGUUUAUUCAAGUGAUGAAGAAAUCAACCCUGUUAAAAAAUUGGCUGUUGCAGCUUCUGUAUCAUCAUUGUUGAAAUCAAACACAGCUGAAAGAAAAAAAAGUGUGGGUUCUAUACAAGAUUUAAAAAAACCGUUUCCACCUCCAGUGCCCACACCUACAGUAGGUGGCGGAAAAGCUCCACCAUCUGUUGUUAAACAACAACAACAGCAAAAUUUGACAAAAGUGAAUAAUAACAAACAAGCAGUACUCAAACCUAUUGCGGUAGCGAAAACUGUUGUAGAAAAGGAGAAGUCUAAAAGUAUAUUUUCACCGGAUAACUCUUCUGAUUCUGAAACAGGUAAAAAAGCAUCAGUUGCUAAUAAAAGUGCUGCAUUAAUAGGAAAAACUAAACAACAAAAUAAACCUAAACCUAAGGCUCCAAUUCCCACUAAGAAACCUGUACCUGUUAAGAAAAGUGAAUCGAAAUCGUCACCAUCUGUUUCAGAAACAGGUAGUUCAAGUGAAGAAGAUUCGUCCAGCGAUACAUCUAGCCGUUCAGAUGAUGAAAGCGAUUCUGAAGAUGAAUCUGACUCAAAAAAUUCAGAAAAAAAAGACUCAGCACAAGGGAAUUCGGCUUCAAAGAAAACUUUAAAUAAUGCUCAAGCAUCAAAAAAUAAUGUAUCAAAAUCAAGUUCAUCAAGUGAUCAAGCAACAAAAAAUGCUAUGGUUGUAAUAACUGAUUCGGAUGCAGAGCAAGUAAAUAAUACCUCACCAACGAAACAGCCAGUACGUAAGCUUACUCGAUCUUCUAGUACUAGAAAAUCAAAGCACUUGAUCGGAAAAGCCCAAACGGAUAGCGAAUCUGAAGCUUCAAAUCCCUGCCCCACAAAAUCGAAAACUAAAGCUAAAAGAAAUUUCGAAACGAAACCAGCUCCAAAUAAUUUCGUUCAUGCAUUUUCUCCAGCGCCAGAAGUACAACGUUGUCCGAUUGAGGGAUGUGACUCAACAGGUCAUUUGAGUGGGAUUGCUAACAGGCAUUUUUUACCGGAAGCAUGCCCAAUAUAUCAUAAUAUGUCAGUAGCAGAAUGCAAAGACAGAGCCAAUGAACGGAAGGAUCGAGAAGAUGAUGAUAAAAAGUUGAUAAUACAAUAUGAAACACAAAAAAUUAAAUUUUCCACACCAGAACAAAGGAUUUAUUUGCAAAGAAUAAGAGAAAAUCGAUCUCGCUUUAAGCCACCGUUAACACCACAACAUGGUGCCAGAACUCCCAAUAGUGUUAAUGAAAAGACAAAACCGAAAAUACCAAUGGAUACAUCUAGAGAACCAAAUUUGAUUGGACUUGUUCCUGAAUAUGACCUUAGUAUAUUUCGUGAAGCACAAGCAAUGGCAAGUGAAAAAAUUGAAAAAGAACUAAAGGAUUUACCAGUCGGAAAAGGAAUCAAAUAUAUUUCGAUGGGUAAAUAUCAAAUGAAAGUCUGGUAUCAAUCUCCAUAUCCAGAAGAUGUGGCUAGGAUACCUAAAAUGUAUAUUUGUGAAUUUUGUCUUCGAUAUCAAAAAUCUGAAAUUGGUAUGAAAAGACAUGCAGUAAAAUGUGUAUGGCGUCAUCCUCCUGGCGAUGAAAUUUAUCGAAAAGGAAAAUUACAAGUGUGGCAAGUGGAUGGAAAACGACAUAAACAAUAUUGCCAACAUUUAUGUUUAUUAGCAAAAUUUUUCUUAGAUCAUAAAACACUUUAUUACGAUGUCGAACCAUUCUUAUUUUAUGUAAUGACUUUGUUCGAUCAUGCUGGUUGUCAUACAGUGGGAUAUUUUAGCAAGGAAAAAAAUUCAUUUUUAAAUUAUAAUGUGUCAUGCAUUCUUACAUUACCACCUUAUCAAAGAAAAGGUUAUGGCCGAUUAUUGAUAGAUUUUAGUUAUCUUUUAACACGGGUCGAAAGAAAAAUUGGAUCUCCUGAAAAACCCUUAUCCGAUUUAGGUUUAAUUUCGUACCGAUCAUAUUGGAAAGAUGUUUUAUUGGAGUACUUAUGUACACGACAUGGAACAACAUUAAGUAUUAAGGAUCUUUCACAGGAUAUGGCAAUUUAUUCAUAUGAUAUUGUUAGUACAUUACAAGCUUUGGGUAUGAUGAAAUAUUGGAAAGGCAAACAUAUUGUACUGAAAAAACAGGAUGUUCUUGAAGAGUAUGAGGAACGUAUAAGACGUCGUGGUAAUUUCCCAAAGAUUGAUGAAACAUGUUUACGUUGGAAACCGUUUGUACCACCACAAAGUACUGAUUCACCAUAGAAUUGAAAUUAACAAAAAAAUAAAAGAAAAGUUAUUUUGCUCUAAUGUAUUAGAAAAAAUUUUAAAGAAAAUUUUCAACUAUAUUUUUAAUUGUAAAUAAGAAGCAAUUAAAUUAAAUAUUAGUUCUUAUUGUGUUCUUUAGAAUACGUCUUUACCUCAAUAUACAAAAUAUUAUAAAAAAAAAAACAAAAAAAAAAAUAUCUUAGUAGAAAUUUUGAGAAAAAAAAAUUAAUUAACCUUGAUGAAUCAA